GUGGCGUACAUUUCACUGGCUUCCGUCUCGCGUUACCCUUCUGUUGUCGAUGUAUAUGGUUUCUGCGACUGUGCGUCUGGUGCUCAAGCGUUAGAUAGCGGAGGUCGCCGUGUAGAGAGAAACGAGGAGAGAGCGCAGCGAUGGGGAAAGAAGGGACCUUCUCGACCUCCUCCUUCUUGACGGCGAUCCUCUUGCUAUCGCUGCAAAAUUACGGCUGGGGGCUGCCGCUAGUGACUGAGCCGGCCAGCUUGAGCAGGGGAGAUUUCCCGCUGAAUUUCAUCUUCGGAGCUGGCACUUCGGCUUAUCAGGUGGAGGGUGCUGUGGCAGAGGAUGGAAGGACUCCAUCCAUUUGGGAUAAUUUCACCCAUCAAGGACGAAUGAUGGACAAAAGUACAGCAGAUGUAGCUUCAGAUGGGUAUCACAAAUAUAAGGAAGAUGUGAAGCUGAUGGCUGAAUUGGGAUUGGACUCCUACAGAUUCUCCAUCUCUUGGUCAAGACUUCUUCCGAAUGGAAGAGGAUUUGUGAAUCCUAAAGGUCUGCAGUUCUACAACAACUUCAUCGAUGAGCUAGUGAAAUAUGGGAUCCAGCCUCAUAUUACACUAUACCACCUCGAACAUCCCCAAGUGCUAGAAGAGGAGUACUCGGGAUUACUGAGCCCACUCUUUGUGGAGGAUUUCACUGCAUUUGCUGAUGUGUGCUUCAGAAACUUUGGUGAUCGAGUUCGAAGAUGGACUACAUUUGCUGAGCCCAACAUCAAUGCAUUAGGUGGAUUUGAUAUAGCAGGCAUUGCACCCGGUCGAUGCUCGUCUCCAUUCGGAGCAAAUUGCAAGGCUGGCAAUUCUACAACAGAGCCUUACAUUGUGGCUCACCAUUUUCUGUUAGCCCAUGCAUCCGUAGUGAAGCUCUACAAAAGCAAGUAUCAGGCAGUACAGAAAGGCUGGAUGGGUAUCAACGUUUACACUUUCUGGUUUUAUCCAGACACAAACUCUUCUGCAGACAUUGCAGCAACCCAAAGAACAAUCGACUUCUACGUCGGUUGGAUACUUAAUCCUUUGGUGAAUGGAGAUUAUCCUGAAACAAUGAAGAAGAAUGCUGGCUCCAGGCUCCCCUCCUUCACUGGCAACCAAUCUCAACUAGUAAAGGGCUCCUUCGACUACAUUGGCAUCAAUCACUAUUCUUCAAUCUAUGUCAAAGACAACCCCAAUUCUUUGAAAAUGAAACUUCGCGACUUCAGUUUCGAUGCUGCAUCCGACAUUUCAAGUUUGAGGAAUGCAACGCCCGGUCAAUUUGACCCCACAAAGGCUGCGCCGAUCGAUUCUCAAGGGAUGCAAUACAUAUUGCAAUAUAUCAGGGACACUUACGGCAAUCAUCCUAUCUUUGUCGAAGAAAAUGGUUAUGGAAUAGGAUUGAAAGAGAGUGGACUCAACGAUACUGACAGGAUCAAUUACCUGACUCUCUUCAUUAGUGGCGUGCUCGAUGCUAUCAGGAAUGGAGUAAAUGUGAGAGGCUACUUCGUUUGGUCAUUAAUGGAUGUGUUUGAGGUGUUGACGGGGUAUCAAUCUCGGUGUGGAUUGUACCAUGUCGACUUCGAGGACGCGAAUAAGACAAGGACUCCAAAGCUCUCUGCUCACUGGUACGCUGAACUUCUCAAGAAGGAUGAUAAAAUCAAUACGAAAACAAAUGAGACUGCUGCUCUGGAUAGAAAUUGAUUAGACGUUUAUGUUUACGUUGCAAAUAAAUGAGAGUUCCUAUGGAGUUCAUGGAAUAUCAUACAAACAAUGAAUAUGUUUAAUGCAUUUUAUAUACUUGUGGUUGUGUA